UGUGCGUCUUUCAGGCGACGCUGCUGGCGUGACGUAUAAUCUAGUGGACGGUUCUUCAGAAACAGCUCGUCAACCACCUCGGUAGUUUGCUAGCCAACAUAGCCGAAAGAUUCAAGCUAUUUAUACGCUUUCGGUGUAUAUUAGCUGAUGUGUUUUAGACACACUUCUGUUGUAUCUACUUGUUAACCUAUUUAAUUUAAUAUUACGUUAUUUUGUAUUAGUCAGCUAUAGUAGUUGGCUGGUUAAGUUAGCACUAGCCUAGUCGCUAAUGAUAGCUAGAUAACAUCCCCGACCAUGAGCUCCCUAUACUACUCCCCUCCUGUUAAAGAAGAGGAGAUCUGCUGGACGGAGAAAGAAGCUCUGGGGCUGAACAUUGUGGUGAAAGAGGAGAAGGAAGAGGAUGUCACAGUUAAAAAAGAAGUAGAUGGUGAGUCUGUUACAGUGAAAGAAGAAGAGAAAUACGUUUCAGUGAAAGAAGAGGAAGAUGCGUUCAGAGUGAAAAAGGAGGAGGAUGUUACAGUAAAAGAAGAGGAGAAAGAGGAGGAUGCAGUUUUUGGAGUGAAGAAGGAAGGGGAGAUUACUGUCACAUUGAAAGAUGAAGAGGUGGAGGUAGGAGAUCUGAUUAACACCAGAGAGAGAUGUGACCAUCGUGGAUCCUCUGGGGAGCCUCAACAACCUCAUGAUGCUGAUGAGGCAGAGAAGAGUCUCUCCAGAUCAGAACUCCUCCAGAAACACCAGCAGAGACCCACCGGGAAGAUAUCUAACUGCUGCUCUGAUUGUGGGUUAUAUUUCUCAAUACCAAAUUCACUAAAAGAACACCUGAGAAUACACAUUGGAGGGAAAUCUCACUACUGCUCUGACUGUGGGAAGAGAUUCAACUCUUCAUCAGACCUUAAAAUGCAUCAACGAAUUCACACAGGAGAGAAAUCUUAUAGCUGUGAUCAAUGUGGGAAGAGUUAUACUACAUCUAGCAAUCUAACUAUACACCAGAGAACACACAAAGGAGAUAAACAAUAUAGCUGUGAUCAAUGUGGGAAGAGUUUUGGUGCAUAUCAAUGUCUGACUAGACACCAGAGAACACACACAGGAGAGAAACCUUAUAGCUGUGAUCAAUGUGGGAAGAGUUUUGGUGCAUAUCAAUGUCUGACUUUACACCAGAGAACACACACAGGAGAGAAACCUUAUAGUUGUACUCAAUGUGGGAAGAGUUUUUCAAGAUCUAGCUGUCUAACAAAACACCAGAGAACACACACAGGAGAGAAACCUCAUAGCUGUAAUCAAUGUGUGAAGAGUUUCUCUACAUCUAGCUAUCUAAAGAUACACCAGAGAACACACACAGGAGAGAAAUCUUAUAGCUGUAAUCAAUGUGGGAAGAGAUACUAUGAUAAAUGGUCUCUGAUUAGACAUCAGAAAAUACAUGGAGUUAUUUCAUGAUAUCAAUGAAAUAAUGUCACAAUGUAGAAUGUUUAAACAUUGUAGUAUGAGUAUUUUAAUGAUGUCACAAUGUAGAAUGUUGUAACAUUGUAGUAUGAGUAUUUUAAUAAUGUCACAAUGUAGAAUGUUGUAACAUUGUAGUAUGAGUAUUUUAAUGAUGUCACAAUGUAGAAUGUUGUAACAUUGUAGUAUGAGUAUUUUAAUGAUCUCACAAUGUAGAAUGUUGUAACAUUGUAGUAGAGGCAUUUUAAUGAUGUCACAAUGUAGAAUGUUGUAAUAUUGUAGUAGGAGUAUUUUAUUAAUGUCACAAUGUAGAAGCCUAAACAUUUCCCCCUGUUCUAUUGAUUUCAGCAUGAUCUGGAUAUUAGCCUCAGGGGGAAAAUCCAGGCUCUGAAUUGAAAGAGUACUAUUUAUGAGAUUUAACAAAAAGAGCUGUGUUACACUUACCGCGUUGGUGACCCACUUCAAUCAUAAUGCAACACUUCAAAAUGUAGCUAGCUGUUUGUUUUCUUCAAGUUAUCCUCUAACCAGGGAUGUACACAUUAUUCCCAGAUUCUGUGUAGUUUUUUGAGCUGUUCGUUUUAACAUGACGUG